UUUAAAUGAUACUACUCGUUGGAGCGUAUAAUUGACGUGUCUGGUACAGACAAUAUAAAUACGCAGCCACAAAUGUGAAUGGGCUCAUUGUGCUGAAUUUACCAUUUAGAUCUGGUUAAGAAUAUUGCAAUAGAGUGUGGCAAUGGGCGGCGGAAUGGUUAGAUACGGUGCAAUGUUAACGUUCAUGCUGGUUCAAAGCAUAUUCUUUCCUGCCGUGAUGGCGAAGUUCUACAACGUCUUAACGUACGACAAUUGCAAACACAUGGAAAACUCGGCCGCAACCUUGAGCCAGGUGAAAGUGUUUGGAAAGCCGAACGCCAUCGAGCUGAGCGCGAUCUUGGACGUGACGCAAGAGAUAGAACCACCCGUCCAUCUGCAGCUUUCCGUCAAGCGAUGUAACCUUCAAAAGGAAGCCUGCGAAACGUACGAACACAUCUCGAUGGAAGACAUCUGCUCGAAGAUCGAAAGCAAUCCGAUACUGCAUAAAUACAUGGACAUCUUUACACCUGCGCUAAGCUGUCCGUUGAAAAAGGGACGUUACGUAGCGGAAAAGUCGGAGCUAAAGUUGCAGAUGCUCGAAAUGUUCCCGAUCGAGAACGCUUUUUGGCAGAUGGAAUUUCGUUUCCUGAACAAACACAACCAAACGAUGCAGUGCGAUUUUGUGGAAAUUGCGGUGACGGACAAGCAGUAAGCUUGGCGUCCCGGAAGAACAUACCUUGUACUAUAAGCGCUCCCAGGGCCGCCGCCUCGCCAGCAGAACAGUACAGACGGCCAUGCCGAAGAUCACGUUUCAACUGCUGGUACAGCAUCAGUUUCCCAUUGUUGGUUAGCCGUAGGGGAUCGGCCGGAUAAAAUUUGACACGAAAUGAAAGCACGAGCGGAUCCACAUCUGGCGGGGAAAAAUGGGGGAACAAUUAGUAAACGCGUCGAGAUCUAUUUGUUGAAUCAAAACGGAACUAUUUUCACGGCCAAUGAGGAAAAUAAAAAUAAAAACACGUUAAUGGAAAACAGUUUAAAAAUAUAUAAAAAACGCAAUAUUAAGUAUAAAAGAGAUUAAUUAAUUCAGAUACGACGUUAAUAAGUAAAAGUGAUCUAAAUGAGUGAAAAAUA